GAAAGACGAUGACAACAAGUUUAAAACAGGCUUUAAAAACCCACUUUGGGUUCGACAGCUUCAGGUCUAAACUACAGGAAGAUGUUGUCAAAGCGGUCCUCAGAGGUGACAGGGAUGUGUUUGUGUGCAUGCCUACUGGAGCAGGAAAAUCCCUCUGUUAUCAACUGCCUGCAGUGCUGGCUGAGGGUAUCACUCUGGUUAUAUCCCCGCUCAUCGCCCUCAUUCAGGACCAAGUGCAGCACCUGAAGGAUCUGAACAUCCCCGCCUGCUCCAUCAACUCCAAGCUCCCAGCAGGCGAGCGCCGUCUGAUCCUGACCGACCUGGAGAGCAGCAGCCCGAAGCUGAAGCUGCUCUACAUCACUCCAGAGAUGGUGGCCUCUCCCUCGUUUCAGCCGUGCCUGACAGGCCUGUGCUCCCGUGGCCUGCUGUCCUACCUGGCUGUGGAUGAGGCUCACUGCGUCUCCCAGUGGGGCCACGAUUUUAGACCGGACUACCUCAAACUGGGUGAGCUGCGUGCUCGCAUGCCUGGAGUUCCCUGCUUGGCCCUGACAGCGACGGCACCCGAGAAUGUACAAAAGGACAUUGUUCAGUCCCUCAGGCUGCGCUUGCCCCUAUCUUUCGUUACACCUGUUUUCCGCAGUAACUUGCACUAUGAUGUGAUCUUCAUGGAGCUGCUGCCGAACCCCUACGUUCACCUCCAUGCCUUUAUUAAGAAGGCGCUGGCACUGGACAGCGGGUCUAAUGGACAGGGUUGUGGGAUUGUUUACUGUCGGACCAGGGAGGGCUGCGAGACAGUGGCUUACCAGCUGACCAAACUUGGAGUCUUGUCUAAGCCUUAUCAUGCAGGUCUGAAAGCAGGAGAUCGAACCGAGGUCCAGAAUGAGUGGAUGCAGGGGAAGGUGUUGGUUAUUGUAGCCACCAUCAGCUUUGGUAUGGGAGUAGACAAGGCCAAUGUCAGGUUUGUUGCUCACUGGAACCUCGCUAAGUCUCUGGCCAGUUACUACCAAGAGUCUGGGCGAGCAGGUAGAGAUGGACUGCCCUCCUCGUGUCGCACAUACUACUCCCGGAGAGAUAAGGAGCAGAUUAUUUUCCUCAUCCGCAAGGAAGUGGCCCGCAGACAGGAGAAACGUGGCUGUGCAAAGGAGACAGACAAAGCAGCCAUUACAGACUUUGAAGCCAUGGUGUCAUUCUGUGAGCAAGAAGGUUGUCGUCAUGCUAUCAUCUCCAAGUUCUUUGGUGACAAGGCACCAAACUGUGCCGGCGCCUGCGACUACUGUCGUAACCCUAAAGCUGUACGUGCCCAGCUGGAGAAAUCGGCUGUCCUCAGAACCAAGACUGAGGCAGCUCAGAGCAAAGAGCCCAAAGGACGGUUUGGUUUCCAGUCAGACGCUUAUGGAGGAGGAAAGAAGGGUUACGGCUUUGAGAGGUUUGAUGAAGGGGAUAGUGGCAAUAGCGAUGAAGAUGUCAUAAAGAGGAAAAAGGAGUUUUCCGACCUCUUCAAGCAGCAGAUGAACCUACGGAAGGGAACUGAAGGUCAGAGGGAGGACUUUGUUCCCCCAGAUGCUGCCUGCCUACUCAAAGACGCCAGCAGCCAGAGGAUCCCCAGGCUCACUGUAAAGGCCAGAGAGCACUGCCUGUACCUCUUGGAAGAGGCGUUACAUGGCCACCAGGGGGCAGAAGACACAUUCAACUGUGACACUCCGUCCAUGGCGGUGGAUCUCGAACACGAGGUCUUCAAGAACAGCAAGUCGUCCAACUUGUACAAAGCAGCCGUACUAAAGAAGGUGUCAGAGAUGAAGAAAGGGGCAACUCCCUCAGCUGGAGGAGAAAGAGGAGAAGGUGACAAGACUACCAGCAGCAGUGAAUCCAGAGAAGUUGAGUCGAAACUCAAAGGGGAAGCAUCCUCCUCCUCCUCUUUUUCAUCCUUUUCUGAGGAGAUGCAGGGGUUCACAUCUGCAUCUGAAGUCUACUCACUGAAGCGUAAGAGGGUAGGGGCAGGCCAGAGGGGCUCUUCCAACCCCUUCCAGACUGCCAAGGAUCUGCUGAAGUCCUCCAUGUUGGACACUGCUUCUAACAAAUUGUCAGAGAGUGGUGGGUUUUACAAUGACAGCUCAGGAGGCUCUGGAGAGUCAUCUGUCAAGGUGAGAAUAAAAGACAUGAACACAGAUACAUCUUCGGCUGUAACAUCGUCUAUCAGAGCCAGAGCAAAUGCAGUUGCUGCCUCCAUGAACAGCCCGACAAAGGGGGGCAAAGCCAUGAGCAAGAAGCAGCAGAAGCUGGCAGAAGCGGCAAAAAGUACCCGCAACAUUUCCCAGUACUUUGCAAAGAAACAAACAACAGAAGAAAGCCAGGAGGAGCCGGAGGGACUUAAUACUACGUUACCUCAAACUACCACUGUGAUUCCUGAAGAAUUCACCUGCCAGCAGGAACACUCACCUGUCACUGUGGACGCUGCAGAGAGCAGUCCUGUGGAAUCAGAGACUCAGGAUGUGAUGCAAGAAGAAAUAAAAAAAGAAGUAAUAGUUAUAAUUGAUGACAAGGAGGAGGAAACGUAUGAAACAGAGACUUCAGAGCUGAAGCAGGUUCAAGACACAUCAAAAGAGGAUAUAAGACAAAACAAACCAGAGGAAGAAGCUAAACCAGCUCUAAUACAAGGGCUGACAGAUGAUAUGAAAGCCAACAGAGAGUCGUCUCCUCCAGCCAAGCGCAGCCGCCCCACCAAUGGCAGCACCAGAAGAGUAACCUUCAAUCCUAACGUGCAGGAGAGGGCCCUGCACCCGGUGAACGAGCCACCGAAGCCGGUGACGCUGAAGGAAGCGGCCGACAUUGUGGUCCGCUACCUGGACCCUUUUUACACUCAGGGGAAGUUUGCCACCAAGGAGCUGUUCAAGUCCUUUGCUCGCUACUUGUCUCACCUUCUUGCAGAAGGAAGGAGUCGGGGAAAAGGCCAAGUUAAAGCAGAAGCCAAAGCUCUCAUUAAGAAGUUCUUCAGCAGAGUCCAGCGCUGCGAGAGCGAGGCGGACUGGAAGCACCUUAAAAGACCACACAGCUGUAAAACCACAGAGAACAAGGAAUGACGGGAAGGGAAACGUAGCCAUUUUUAGGGCCAAACACUUCCUCUUUGUCAGUGCCUCUUGUUCCAGUAAUCUCAGGCUUCGUCACAGACGCCUGCCGACCAGGUUUAUGGUUGAUUUGCUGCUAGAGUUCUGCUUUUUUCCAGGCGGGUUGCUGCUAUGGUAGUUUAUGUCAAUAAUCGAGCAAUAAAAUAUUGACUGUUAAAGCCUGCGAGAGCGGUGGUAGCACUAACAUGACAAGUGUUCUUUAUGUUUCACCCCAUUGUCUGAAAAUUGUGUACAUUUCAAAUUUCUGCUGACCGAAGCAUACAGUUUUACAUCACUCCUCUGCAGGCAGCAAUCAGACUUCAUAUCACAAUAUAGGAAUGCUGUAUGGGACUUUUGUGGUACUGCACUCUUCUCUUUUUCCACCUGCACUUAUACCUGCAGUAAAGCAUGUUUCAAGUCUCUGCAAGUUGAUUUUCAUACAGAGCUGGAAAGUUUUGAUGGUUUAUCCUUUGGGGACCAUGAAUGUCUGAACCAAACUACAUGACAAUCUACCAAAUAGUUGUUGAGGUAUUUCAAUCUGGACCAAGGUGGUGGACCAGCCGAAAGAACAACUGACUUCCAUCCAUAGAGCCUUACCACCAUCAUUGGCUAGAAAAACAUUGUGCCAGUGGUUGACUCAAAUUUGAAGUAUACAUACUUUGAAGUAAAUGGGGAUAAAGCAUACAAAAACACUGGAACAAUGUAUGAAUGUUUGACAUAAACCAGAUGGUGCAGUGCUAUGUUUUUAUUGCUGCUACAUAUUUUCUCUUUGCCUGCUGGACUACAGAACAGAGAGCAGGAAGCAAAUGGACAUAAAUGACACAUACUGUAUGAUGAAAAACUGACAUGUAUUUUCUUUUACUUAUUUACUAAGUUCAGAUUUGUCGUAGGUUGUCUCUCAGCUUUAGCAAGAGGAUAAUGUGUGCUGAAGGAUGUUUUUUUUUUUUGUCUUUGUUAGCUAUAUUGUUUCCAAUGAGGGAAAUGCUCUUUAUGUUAUAGUGCCUGUCAGGACUGUGAGAGGCCAUAGCUUCUGUCUCAAGACAGGAGGAAAACCCAAAGAGUACUUGAGGCACUGAUGGACACAGAGACUUGACUGUAUAGAGUCUGAACAGCCAUAGUUUGUCUACUCUUUGCUCCUAAAUGUUUACAAUAAAGACCAUGCUGAA